AUGGGAAGCAUUGCUUCUCAGGUUUGCAAGUGCAUCCCUGGGAGUCCGUGUUUCCCUUCACAAGAGGAGUUGGACUUGUUGUCGUCGAAUCUGAGCCAUCCACUUGUGGUCGGACAAAGGCCCUUCGCAUCUGUCUGCUAUAAUAGUGCUGCCGGCUAUGAUUCUCUGGCCUGCCAGGAGGCCACGGCUAACCAGUUCAGUAUAGAGAUCCGAGCGGCCUCGAGUAACACUCUGCAAUGGGUGAAUUUCGAAGAUUACAUCACCACAAGCACAGUACAGCAAUGCCCAUUCAAUCAAACUAAUGGCGACCUUUGCUACCAAGGACGUGUGCCUUCAUAUGCAAUCAAUGUUACAACGGUCGAGGAUAUACAAGCAACGAUCCGGUUCGCCUCCAAGUAUAACCUGCGCUUGGUUGUUAAAAACACUGGGCACGAGUUGAUGGGACGUCCGUUCGGCAUUGGCGCAAUCGAGCUGUUCAUGCACCAUAUGAAAGGCACCAAUUUCACCGAUAAUUUUGUGCCUAUUGGCACAGCCGCCGACGACACGGAUAGUCAACCCGGUCCAGGCGUACAGUGGGCAGAUCUAUACCUGGCGGCGCAAGAGCACAAUAGAUCCGUCGCAGGUGGCUUCGUUCCACAUGGGACAGUCGGCGCAGGCGCAGGCUGGCCAAUGGGAGGUGGACAUAGCCCCCUCUCCCCAUUCUUUGGUCUCGGGGUCGACAACGUCCUGCAGUAUACUGUGGUACUUCCGAAUGCCUCUCAUGUCGUCGCGAACCAGUACAUCCACCCUGAUCUCUUCUGGGCUUUGCGCGGCGGGGGUGGACCUAGCUUCGGUGUCGCGACAUCGCUCACAUAUCGCACGCACCCCAAUUACCCGUACACUGGUGCAUUCUACGUCGCGAGUGCCCACUCAUCUACAUCGUUCCAUGCACUGCUGGCACUCUGGGUCAAGCACCAUAACGACGUCGCGGACGCAGGAUGGGCGGGUACAUGGCCGUGGUCGAACAACACGCUAUAUCUCACGCUCUUGGCACAGGGCCUGCCAGCUACGCAGACGGCUAACACCACGCUCGAGGCGUUUUUCGCGGCGUCUCGCGCGCUCCCUGGUGUCAAUGUGUCGCUAGCGCUGACCGUCCCGUACACAUCUUUCUACGAGUUUUACUUCGAUAACCUCGUCGACGGCUCCCUAGGGUUUGGGAUGAACUACACCGCGGGAGAACAGGGAGGGAUUAAUCAAGCGACGAGCUCGUGGUUGGUCCCUCGCGAGAUCUACGACACGAACUCAAGCACACUCGCGGAUGCGCUAGCCAACAUGCCUUCCGGCAGCGCAUUCAUGGGGGGUUGGAGCGCGAGCGAACUAUCGUGCGUUUACUGGGGCGUAGCUAAUCUGGAAGGACGGUACUUGGGCUGGCAUAACAAAGGGGCCGGGCGAGGGCGUAGUAAAGAGCAUGAGCGCAAACAGGAGUGCUUGAAGGAGGGAGAGCGCGUCGUAGCGGAGCGCGAGCGCGUCGCCAAUUCGGGUAUUUGA